AUGCCAUCUCAAACCCAACUCGGUAAAUUCCCAACCACGGUCAUUUGUGUUUCCACAGAAUACCUGGUGGCAGGAGACGAACAAGGAGGUAUCGUCCUCUUUCAAGGUGAACCUGGCUGUUGGUCACACUCUCAACGUAUUCAGGAGAAAUCGUCAAACUGCUGCACCAGCAUGUUAAUCCUCGAAGCCAGAGGAGAGCACGUUUUGAUCGCAGCUUUCAACACGGGAUUCAUCCGUGCCUACUUGCUGCCAACGAUGGAAUGCCUAUCCGAGGUUGCAGCUCACAUUCGCUGGAUAACUCAGAUUCUUCCGGUCAGAGGCGGUUUCAUCUCGGCAGCAGAGGACGGUUUCUUACAUCUCUGGAUUCUAGGGAAAAGCAACGAUCCCAGCUGGGAUAUGCGCUAUAUGAACAGCUUUGAAAUGAAGGACUGCAUGAUCACAGGGGCGGCUCCUUUCAUAGACAGGGGAGUGUUGGUGACGGCCUAUGAUCGACCUCAACUCUUCUGGCUAACGCUGGUCGGACGUCCAGAAGAAGACGAAUCGUUGGAGGCUCUAUAA